CGCAGGCCCACACGCCAUGAGCCGCCCUCGGCCCACCAGGGGACCGACGGGACGGUAGACUCGACUGCCGUAUUUUCUGUCUCGGGCUUGUCACCAUCUCGGCUCGCCGCCAUACCACUCAAGACCCACCGGCAGACAGACAGCAGACCGUGAGCGUGCCCCGAGCACCCCUCUCCCCUCCCUACCAUGGACCCGGACCAGCCCGGAGGCUUUUUCUCAACCUUUUCCAUUGUCGACCCUGCCGCCAGUGCCCAGGAGGGCCUGAGCCGGCCUCAGAGGAGGAACCGGCGAGUGUUUGUGUGCAUCCCCUGCCACCGACGCAAGCUCAAGUGCGACAAAGCCCAGCCGUGCUCCCGCUGUAUCCAGGCCGGCUCCUCCGGAGAGUGUGUAUAUCAGCGAGGCACGUCGUCCCGUCACAACGAGGAGCCCAGCACCGACGCCGAAGACACGCUUCCUGUACGAGGAGGUCCGCAACGCUCGUCCCAAGCCUCCAUCACCCCGGUACCAUCCGACGCAAGUGAGAGGAAAGCACGCCUCAGUGGUGCCUCUCACUGGGCUGCUAUUGCCCGCGAGUUUGAAGAAGCUUGGCCGUUCAUCAUGGGUGCCGACCAACAGUGGGAAUCGAGGCACAACCAGAUUCAGAGUCUGAAGUUCUUAUUUCCCUCGCGUUUUAUGAGCAACUUCCCCCUCGGCGGUGUCUCUGAUUUUUCUCGGAGCCGAGCCCAGAUCCUUGAAAAUCUACCGCCCCAACCAAUAGUCGACGCCCUUAUUCAGUAUUAUUUCAGGGCCUUCGGGCCGACCCAUCAACUCAUCCACCCCCAGAUAUUUGACCAGGAGCUGAGAGCGUUCUGGGUCGACACGAAUGGCCAGACCUCUGAGGGAUGGCUCGCCCAACUGUGUAUGAUGCUGGCGUUGGGGUGCCAGGUAGCCCCUAACAGGCUUCUCGGGACGGCAGGCCGUUCUGCGCACGACUUGACCGACUUCUUUCUGGACGCCGCCCAGUUCUUCUUCGCAGGGUCUUCGUAUUUUGCAAUGCCAACGCUGGCUACGGUGCGGUUACUCUGCCUGGCAGUGUUGGCUCGCAUAAUGGAAAUAAUCAAGGGGUCCGAGAUGGCCCAUUUGGUCUUUCUCAUGGGCUUUCUUACCAGGCUAGCCAUGACAAUGCACCUGCACCGGGCGACCUCGCUCUGCCAGGAGAUGCCUCCCUUCGAGUCUGAGAUACGCAAACGGAUAUGGAUUACAAUCCAGCUGCUCGACCUCCAUGUUGCCAUGAGAACUGGAACAUCAUUUCUCCACCGAGACUACGAUGCCGAUGCCCCACUCAACGUCAACGACGAUGACUUCAUUUUCUCUCCCGAGCACGGCUGGGUCCUGGAUCCAGGCCCAUGGGUGUCGAGUCAAGAACCUACAGACAGCAGUUUCCAGAUCAUCCUGGCCCGGCUCCUUCCCUUACUGACGGAGAUCAUGAACACCGUAAACUCGCCAACUCUACCCCCUUUCGAAUACGAGAAAGUCCAAGCCUGGACUGUGCAGCUGAGCCAGGAGCUGCAAGAUGCCGAGUCUUUGUUGGCCAUCGGACCCCACGACCAUCAAGCUGAACGGCGAGAAAGACGGGCAGUGCAAAUGAAUUUUCUCUCUGUUAUCGUCCACCGUGCACUGCUGGCACUGCACCACGACUACGCCCGCGAGCCAUACUCCCAGCAGUUUCCCGACUCUACGGUGGCUAUAAUAGAGAGCUCAUUAGCUCUGUUGCGUACGCAACACACGUGGCAUCACACAUCAGCACCCAUCCGACAUCCGGCGCGGUUCUGUGAUCUAAGUGCCGAGGCGGGCGGCUCCAAGGGCCCGCAGCCAUUAUACGAGCCUUCAGUACCGGAAACACCACCAACAACAUCUCUCCAACUGCCGCUGGAGCUCGAUCUCGGUUUGGACGAGCCCUCUGCUUCGCUAUUUCCCAGUGCCUGGCUCGUCGACCUCUGCCACGAUGACUUUAGCGCCGCCACGUUCUACAUCAUUCUUGCUCUGCGUAGACGCGAGUUUGACAAGCACAACGCCACACUGCAGCACCGUCCCAGAAACAAACUGCCGCUGCCAGCGCCCUCGCGGCUGACGGCCUAUACAAUGCUCAAGCAGGCAAUUAACGUCUUCCAAGAAUUAGCCAGCCACUCCUGGCCGCAGUUCGAGGAGUUCAUCAGGCUCCAGGUCUCGAUGGGGUGCUUGCACAGCCUAGUCAAGGGCGAGCCCAUACUGCCCACGCUACUUACCAUGGCAGACGGAAUCGAGCAGAUGGUGUUUCGGUGCCGGAACAACGUGGUCUUGUGGGAACAAGCGAGACGUCAAUUCCCUCCCCUGGACAGCCCGCGGCCGGAUAUUAUGUUCGGAUUUGGGCCUGGCCUGGGCUCGUAGAUGUGAGAGGAUGUGCUUUGAUGCGGAGUAGUGUAAUUAGUUCUACUAUUCGUACGGCCCCGAGAUAAACCUUGCGAGGGAACCAACGGCCUAUAUUUAAUUCGUUUUACAGCCACCGUCUUCCUACACAGCUCCGUUGACGGAGGUGUAGAUAUAGGCGGAUUUUUAGUUUACUGCCUGGGAAAGUGUGUCAUCCGGU